GUUAGUUUCACAAAUGUCUCGUAAUUGCACAUUCCUAGUCGUUGGCGGCGGCAUUGCCGGCGUCUCUUGUGCCGAAACCCUAACCAUUUGUUGUCCAGAUGAAACGAUUCUGUUGCUGACCGAAUCGAGCGUGGUGAAGAGCGUGACUAAUCUAGUACCCGUUGCACGCUAUCUGCACAAGUUCGAUGUACGGGAGCAAAACGUGAGUGAUUUGCGCGCCGGCAUUGGGACGAUAGUGGACCAGUUGGCAUACAUCAACAGCGGCGAGCAUUGGGCGCGCACCAGAACAGGGCUGGUAAUCAACUAUCGCCAUCUCUGCCUGUGCACAGGUGGUGCAGCUAAAGUGUUUAGUGCCGGGGAAGAGGAGCUCAACGCACGCAUAAUUGGCUUACGGGACACGGAUUCGGUGCUGGAGCUGCAGCGUCGACUGGCCAGCGCCAAGGAUGUGCUCAUUUUGGGCAACGGAGGGAUUGCCAGCGAAUUGGCACAUGAGCUGCACGACGUGAACGUUCACUGGGUUAUCAAGGACGCUCACAUCUCGGCUACCUUUGUGGAUCCCGGCGCAGCUGAGUUCUUUCAGCUGGCCAAGCGAGAGCCGGAUCAGACAGCAACGACAAAGCCCACUACGGCUAUCAAGCGAAUGCGUUAUAGCGAAUUGCUGCCCACAGCUGAGCAGGAGGAAGAGCAGCAACGAAGUAAACGUGGCGCCGCCUUGGGACCCGACUGGCAUCGCAGUUUCGAUUUAGGCGGAGGCUGCGCAGAUUCAGCCAGUCGAGCUAUGCCGAAGAUUUAUUAUAAUUCACAGAUAGAGCGCGUGGAGCAGUCCCCAGCUGACACAGCUUUAUCUGUCACUCUUAAGCACAAUGAUGGCAGUGUGGAGCAUCUCAGCUGUGAUUUCAUUGUCUCUGCAACGGGGGUGCAGCCCAGACACGACUAUGAGACAGAUAAGCCUUUCCAUUUGGCUGCGGAUGGCGGCAUUAAAGUGGAUGAAAUGAUGCGCACGAAUCUGUGUGACGUUUAUGCCGCCGGGGAUGUCUGCACGGCUGGCUGGCCUAAUGGCGCGCACUGGUUCCAGAUGCGUCUGUGGACACAGGCCCGCCAAAUGGGUGCCAUGGCUGGCCGCAGUAUGGCAGCCGUGCACGAAGGAGAAACUGUCUAUCAGGACUUCUGCUUCGAGCUCUUCGGACAUGUGACGCAACUAUUUGGCUUUCCUGUUGUACUGCUCGGGCGCUUCAAUGGCCAGGAUCUGGGUCGCGACUACGAGUUACUGGUGCGCUGCACACGCAAUAAGGAGUACAUUAAAUUCGUGUUGCAACAGGGACGACUACGCGGCGCCAUUUUGAUUGGGGACACGGAUCUGGCAGAGACAUGCGAGAACCUGAUCUUAAACGGCACCGAUCUGACACCCUAUGGCGAUGAUAUACUAAAUCCAGACAUUGACAUUGAAGACUACUUUGAUUAAUUGAAAAGUUUUACAAAUAAACUUAAGUUUUAGCUUAA